AUGGGACCGGAGUCUUACUGCCCAUCGUCCAGCAUGGGACCGGAGUCUUACUGCCCAUUGUCCAGCAUGGGACCGGAGUCUUACUGCCCAUCGUCCAGCAUGGGACCGGAGUCUUGCUGCCCAUCGUCCAGCAUGGGACCGGGGUCUUGCUGCCCAUCGUCCAGCAUGGGACCGGAGUCUUACUGCCCAUCGUCCAGCAUGGGACCGGAGUCUUGCUGCCCAUCAUCCCAAAUGGGACCGGAGUCUUACUGCCCAUCGUCCAGCAUGGGACCGGAGUCUUGCUGCCCAUCGUCCAGCAUGGGACCAGAGUCUUGCUACCCAUCGUCCAGCAUGGGACCGGAGUCUUGCUGCCCAUCGUCCAGCAUGGGACCGGAGUCUUGCUGCCCAUCGUCCAGCAUGGGACCGGAGUCUUACUGCCCAUCGUCCAGCAUGGGACCAGGGUCUUGCUGCCCAUCGUCCAGCAUGGGACCGGAGUCUUGCUGCCCAUUGUCCAGCACGGGACCGGAGUCUUACUGCUCAUCAUCCAGCACGGGACCGGAGUCUUACUGCCCAUCGUCCCACACGGGACUGGAGUCUUACUGCCCAUCGUCCAGCAUAGGACCAGGGUCUUGCUGCCCAUCGUCCCGCACGGGACCGGGGUCUUGCUGCCCAUCGUCCAGCAUGGGACCGGAGUCUUGCUGCCCAUCGUCCAGCAUGGGACCGGAGUCUUACUGCCCAUCGUCCAGCAUGGGACCGGAGUCUUACUGCCCAUCGUCCAGCAUGGGACCGGAGUCUUACUGCCCAUCGUCCAGCAUGGGACCGGAGUCUUGCUGCCCAUCGUCCAGCAUGGGACCAGAGUCUUGCUACCCAUCGUCCAGCAUGGGACUGGAGUCUUACUGCCCAUCGUCCAGCAUGGGACCGGAGUCUUGCUGCCCAUCGUCCCACAUGGGACUGGAGUCUUACUGCCCAUCGUCCCACACGGGACCGGAGUCUUGCUGCCCAUCGUCCCACACGGGACCGGAGUCUUACUGCCCAUCGUCCCACAUGGGACCGGAGUCUUACUGCCCAUCGUCCCACAUGGGACCGGAGUCUUACUGCCCAUCGUCCCACAUGGGACCGGAGUCUUACUGCCCAUCGUCCCACAUGGGACUGGAGUCUUACUGCCCAUCGUCCCACAUGGGACAGGAGUCGUACUGCCCAUCGUCCCACAGGGGACUGGAGUCUUACUGCCCAUUGUCCAGCAUGGGACCGGAGUCUUACUGCCCAUCGUCCAGCAUGGGACCGGAGUCUUGCUGCCCAUCGUCCAGCAUGGGACCGGAGUCUUGCUGCCCAUCGUCCAGCAUGGGACCGGAGUCUUGCUGCCCAUCGUCCAGCAUGGGUCCGGAGUCUUACUGCCCAUCGUCCCACAUGGGACAGGAGUCUUACUGCCCAUCGUCCAGCAUGGGACCGGAGUCUUACUGCCCAUCGUCCCACAUGGGACAGGAGUCGUACUGCCCAUCGUCCAGCAUGGGGCCGGAGUCUUACUGCUCAUCAUCCCACAUGGGGCUGGAGUCUUGCUGCCCAUCGUCCCAGAUGGGACCGGAGUCUUGCUGCCCAUCAUCUGCAUGGGGCCGGAGUCUUACUGCCCAUCGUCCAGCAUGGGAGCAGGGUCUUGCUGCCCAUCGUCCAGCAUGGGACCGGAGUCUUACUGCCCAUCGUCCAGCAUGGGACUGGAAUAUUACUGCCCAUCGUCCAGCAUGGGACAGGAGUCUUGCUGCCCAUCGUCCAGCAUAG